AUGACUCUCGCCCGUGUGUCACUCUUUCUCAAGCACGUCCUAUUACUUAUUACUACCUACUAUAACCCCAAGCCUAAAUCCAUGGAUCUUUUAUGCGACCCAGCCUCCCCAGCAACCUCUCCCCGAAAGACACCGUAUGUCUGUAAUGAACUUUGGGAUGGAGGGCCGUUCAAAACUUAUCCAAUCCGGCAAGGCAAGGUUGGGCUGAUUCCUCCGCAUCUCCGGCAUUUUCUAGGACCGGAAGUCUUUCCUGAGCCAUACAAUGAAAUGCUGUAUCCCACGCCCAAAGAGGAGAUACAGUCGUUUCUGCAGACAUGGUUCUGGUUUGGGCUAUUGGCUGAAAUGCUAGGUCUGAAUGAGAUCAGCGCUGGUGUUCGCCUUGUUGAGAGCACCCCCGCUGCUGAAGGGAUUCGCGAUCUAUAUGCAAGCACAAUCUAUAUUAGCGAUGAUGAUGGCAAGCAGUAUAUCAGUGCCAAAGAGGUUCUCAACUCAGCCCAGCUUAUUGCGGAAAGACAGAAGCUUGCGUCUAAUCUGCGAGAGAGGCUUAUAUAUAUACGCGAUUGCCUUCAAUACGUCAACUUCAUGAUUCCUUCUGUCUUGAAUCUAGAUGAAACCGUGCGUUAUUCAAUAUGCGCCCUUGGAGAAUAUUUUUCCACAGGCUUAGCUAGUGUGGUGGCACAGUCAAAUCCCAAGAUCGAAGUUUCCAACUUGGCAUUUAGCUGGCAUCAAAAUUAUAUGAAAUCAGGGGGUACCAUAGACAAAGAGAUGCUUCAGAAGGGGUGGUGCCCGAGCGAGACUGAGAAGAUUCGAUCUCAGUUUCAAGGUUUGCAAACUAUGCACCAUAUUUCACAGCUACAGAAGUCGAAUACCAACCAAGAUCACUCAAAAUGUACGCGCCAUUUGUGCACAGCUUUCCAGAUGGACAUUGAGACCUAUCAGCCCUCACAUCUGUCAGAUGACUGCGGUUGUCCUCUCAUAACUAUUGAUGAGAGAGCGACCUCUCUCAUUCUUCGCAGCACUGAUACUUAUCCUAUCCUCCGCUUUGAUCAAAUAGGGGACGAAUUGGACAACUUCGAGCUGGUAGUCGAACCAUAUGAACCGGGCGUCCCCUAUGUCGCGCUCUCGCACUAUAAUGAACUUCAAGGCUUCCGUUCCGAGAAUGGAGAAGCAGAGUCUGCUAGACCGCAACUCCUUACUCUUCAACGAGCACUGCAGUUCCGCACAGUAUCAGUAGCAUCUGAUGAACCUCUCUGUAUCUCUACUUUAAUGUCGCUCGAUACGAAAUACAUUGCUAUUGCCUCCGACACCGAAUCUCGAAUGCUUCGCACUUGGGAACUCCUAAGCAAGUCGCACGGCGGCCUUCCACCACGACUCAUAUUUUAUGCGGACGAAGUGAUGAGCACACCUGGAUGGCGAUGGGCUCCUCGUAGUCUACUAGGAUCGUCUGUCAAGGACUCAACGAUAGGGUUCGACGAGCGCAUGCUGCGUCUUGUUGGUGCCCCCGAUGCCCUAGGUAUUCCGACACCUCUAGGUUUGAAAGUCGCCUUUCCAGGAUGUCGCCUUGUUCCUCUCCCGCUGAUAGCUGGCCUUUCAUUACAUCCAUGGCCUGGAGCAAUUAAUCCUUCAGAAGAUCAGAUCAUCAUCCAUCACGAGGAAAGCGGCAAAUGGUACCGGAUCAAUGAUUGGUAUCGCAGCAAAAAGCUCUCAUCAUGGACUGAUGAUGAGAGGACAGCUUUUGAUAAAGAUCAAAACGAUCCUCUUUGCAGAGAAAUAGACUCUGGCAAAAGCGUCUUGAUCUACGAUGAAAGAUCAAGGGUUAACAAUAUGUUAGUAGCGUGCAUGGCGCUCAUAGAAACUAUUCCGAAGGAUUUCGAACACAGCUCGAUUAAUUCGGAGGAACUUAAGGCUGGCUUAAGAGUCCACAGAACAAGGACAGUUAUCAUGUCUCUUCUCAGUGAGGAAGAAGUACGAAUGAUGACAAUUUUUAGGAAUUUAGCUUCUAUCGUAGCAGCAUAUCAGGAAACUUUUGACCUAUCAGCGAUGGAAGAUCGUGAUAGCGAAGAGUGGAAGAAUUGCAUGGGCAAGAUCAAAACGAAGAUGAGAGAGGUGGUAGCGGAAGCAUUGAAUUCCAACCCAGAGCUGGUUGAGGCCAUCAAAAAUACUAUUGGCACUGGCGUGGAGGAGUAUAUGUGGGCAUACAUUCCCAAGAUCUUUUCCCACACUGUUACCAUUAAAGAAACAUCGAGCGAACAAAUUUGGUUUGUUGAUUAG